AUGGCGGGCCCCGGGCCGCGGCUGCAGCAGGACGGCGAGGGCCAGCCGCGCAAGGUCCGCUUCAAGAUCUCCUCGUCCUACAGCGGCCGGGUGCUGAAGCAGGUCUUCGAGGACGGGCAGGAACUGGAGUCGCCCAAGGAGGAGUACCCGCACAGUUUCCUCCAGGAGUCCCUGGAGCCGAUGGACGGGGUGUACGGGUCCGGGGAGGCCCCCAAGCCCCCGCCGUGCUCCCCCAGGCUGACCGCUCAGAGGAUCAGCGUGUUUCGGGAGGGCAACGCCUACACGCUGGCGGGCAGCCGGCCUCCGUUCCACGAUCACAAGGCCAACGACCGCAAGCCCCCGCCUAUUAUAGAUUUUGGGAAGAUAAUCAUCUACACGAAUAACCUGAAAAUCAUUCGAACCCCAAUGGACAAGAGAGACUUCAUGAGAAAAAUCCUCCAGAAGGAAGAGGAAGUCGAGGAAGAGUCUCUGAUGGGCAAAGAAGAUGGCUUUGGAGACAGGGACCAGGACGGGCCUUUGCUGGAGGCGGAAGGCACGCUCGCCCAGCGCCAGUACACACAGGUGCGUGAGAGCUCGGCUGCUGACUGGGACCGGCCCUGUGCCAGGGUCUCCCGACGGCUCUGA